GACCUGGUGGACUGGCAGCAGCCCCUCCUGUGGCAGGUGGGCCACUUGGGAGACAAGUAUGAUGAGUGGGUUCACCAACCGGUGGCCAGGCCCAUUCGCCUCUUCCACUCAGACCUCAUCGAGUCUCUCUCCAAGACUGUCUGGUAUAGUGUCCCCAUCAUCUGGGUGCCCCUGGUGCUGUACCUCAGCUGGUCCUACUACCGAACCCUCAGCCAGGACAACAUCCGGCUCUUCUCAUCAUUCACAACAGAUUAUUCCGUGGCAGUGCCAGAGUCCAUGUUCCCAGGCCUCUUUGUGCUGGGCAUGCUUAUCUGGACCCUCAUCGAGUACCUCAUCCACCGCUUCCUGUUCCAUAUGAAGCCCCCCAGCGACAGCCAUUACCUCAUCAUGCUGCACUUCGUCAUGCAUGGCCAGCACCACAAG